AUGUACUCCCAAGCUAUGCUCACUGUGGCUCUGAGCCUCUUCGGCUCGGCCUCUGCCCACAUGAUCAUGAACCACCCCACGCCCUACAGCCCCUCCAAGGUCCAGAGCAGCCCUCUCGACGGCACCACCUAUGCCUUCCCUUGCCAGGGUGGCACUGAUGCCAGCUACUACACGGGCGCCACGGCCACCGAGAUCGCCGCUGGUGACAACACCACCCUCAGCUUCACUGGCUCUGCCGUCCACGGUGGUGGUUCUUGCCAGGUCUCCGUGACCUACGAGAACCCCCCGCCUGCUGACCAGUCCAAGUGGAAGGUCAUCCACUCCAUGAUCGGUGGCUGCCCCGCCUCUGCUACCGGCAACAUCGCGACCUCCGGCACCGACUCUGAUGGCCGCCCUAACGGCGAGCAGUGCUCUGGCGAGAGCGGCGACAACUGUGUCAAGCAGUACUCUAUCCAGAUCCCCAAGGAGCUCAAGACCGGUAAGGCUACUUUCGCCUGGACCUGGUUCAACAAGAUCGGCAACCGCGAGAUGUACAUGAACUGCGCUCCCAUUUCGAUCACCGGUGGCUCUGACAGCGACGACUACUACAACUCCCUUCCCGACAUGUUCGUUGCCAACAUCCCCGAUACCUGCACGACCGGCGAGGGUGUCCUCGAGUUCCCCAACCCUGGCACCAGCGUUGAGAACGGUGACUCUGUCAGCUCCGCCGCCAUUGGCAACUGCGACUCUGGCCUGAACGCCAACGGCGGUGGCUCUAGCUCUGGCUCUGACUCCGGCUCCGGUUCCUCUGCUGCCGCUUCCCCCGCUGCCUCGACCCCGGCCGCUGGCUCUACUCCUGCUGCCAGCACUCCUGGUGUCUUCGCCCCCGGUGCCGCUUCUGCCUCUUACACCGCUACCUCCAUGGCCACCGUUGUCGUCACCCAGUCCUCCGCUGCUGCUGCCGCUACUCCUGCCACCCCCGUCGCCGGCGGCUCUGGCGCUGCCAGCACCCCGGCAAGCAGCAGCGGCGACUGCCAGGCUUGCUCCAACAACGGUGCUAUCGUCUGCAUUGGCAGCGACUCCUUCGGUCUCUGCAACAACGGCUGCGCUGUCAAGCAGGCUCUCGCCGCCGGCACCACCUGCUCCAACGGCACCAUCAGCAAGCGUGACACUGGCAGCUGGUUCCGUGGCAGCCACGCCAAGGCUCACGCUCGCGCCGUCGCUCGGGCUGCUGCUGCCGCUGUCCACAGGAGCUCUUAA